AUGGCAGACAGGAGAGCGGAGAAAUCAUGUGAAGAAGCCAGCAGAUCGUUAGCCAGGCGAGAGUACGAGGCAGCAGUCAGCCACAGCACGGACGCCCUGGUGGUCCUUGCACCCCAAGCCCCAUCUUCCAGUGUCCCUGUCCCGCCGAGCCCUCCAUCCCUUGUCGCCGCCACCGGACCGCUCCGCAGCCGUGUCCUGCUCUACCGGAUUGCUGCCUUCCUGCAGCUGAAAAACUAUGAUGAAGCAGAUGAAGACUGCAAACAUGUCCUGGCAGAAGAGAUUUCCAGGGGAGACGGUUCGCUACAGGCCAGUGUGCGCUCUAUGCUGUUGGAUGGCAGCCUGCAGGAGGUGGUCAGCAUCCUCUCUAAAGCCUUGUAUGGAGAGCCAAUGAAUGGCAUUGUCACAAAAGACCUGACCAGAUUAAAAAUGCUCUUUUCAGAAAUAGAGGCUAUAAAUAGGGAGAUGGCACCAGAAUACACAGAUGACCAGGAGGAAGAGGUCCAGGAUGGCUGGCAGUUCCGGCCUCCUCCCAGAGGAGUCACCAGCAGCGAGGAGUACACCCUCUGUAAACGGUACUUGGAGCAGGGUCUGUGUCGGUACGGGGCCCAGUGUACGUCAGCCCACUCGCAGGAGGAGCUGAUGGAGUGGCAGAAACGCUAUGCGUCACGCCUCAUCCGCCUCAAACAGCAGCAGGAGAGCAAACACUUCACCGAGAACUACAUGGAGACCCUGAUAGAGAAGUGGAUGAACUCCCUCUCCCCAGAGAAAGUGCUAAGUGACUAUUUAGAUGGAGUGAAUGUAGAAACCAGCUCGAGCCUCUCUGUUACUGUCACCACCAAAAAGUCCUCUCACUCUUGGACCUUCUCCUUGUUGUGCAAGCCGGCUAGAAAGCUGUACCGCAUCGCCCUGCUCUAUGAUGCCCACCGUCCACACUUCUUCAUCACCGGUGUGUCAGCUGGAGAGCGGCUACAAGCCGUCCCCAAAAGCUGCCAAGAGUGGACUCCAGGAGAGGAAACAGCAGUGGCAGCAGACAAUGGCCUGGACCACUGUGUCUACCAGGUAGCUGUGGGCUUCAGCACUGAAAUCUUUGGUACCUUCCGACAGACCGUUGUUUUUGACUUCGGCUCAGAGCCUGUGCUGAUGCAGAGGAUCAUGGUGGAUGCUGCCUCUAUUGAAGACCUAGAACACCUAAUGGCGGCCAGGCAGCAGCUCUUGAUGACUGCAAAGCGCUGGGAUCCUUCUUGUAAGACCAUCGUAGAAUUCAUUCCUAAUGAAACGAUGGCUGAGCUGGAACGCAGCCUCCUCUCCCGCUAUCAGAUCCCUCUGUCGGCCGACCAGCUCUUCACCCAGUCAGUCCUGGAUAAGACUCUGACCAAAGACAACUACCAGGCCCGACUGCAUGACCUGCUCUACAUUGAAGAGAUUGCACAAUAUAAGGAAGUUAGCAAGUUUAACAUCAAAGUUAACCUGCAGCUUGUCACCAGCUUUAUGCUGACCGGCAUUUCUGUUGGAGCCAAGUAUGCCCAGAAUGGACAGCUCUUUGCACGCUUCAAACUUACUGAAACACUUUCUGAGGACACAUUGGCUGGGCGGCUAGUGAUGACCAAGGUGAAUUCAGUCCUGCUGCUGCCAUUGAACCGUGAGGGGGUCAGCAGCCAGCCUCCUCCUGGGGUGAAAGAGCGUGUUUACGAGGCUGUGAUUGAGGAGAAGACCAAGGACUACAUCUUCCUAAGGAUCUGCAAGGACUGCUGUCUUGAGCUGGGGCUACAGCCUGACAGAGAAAUACAGGUGGAGCUCCAGUUCCAGCUUAACAGACUGCCACUGUGUGAGAUGCACUAUGCCCUUGAUCGCAUCAAAGAUAAUACCAUCCUUUUCCCUGACAUUGGCCUUGUACCCACCAUCCCCUGGAGCCCAAACAGGCAGUGGGACGAGCAGCUGGAUCCUCGCCUGAAUGCCAAGCAGAAAGAGGCCAUCCUGGCCAUCACCACACCAGUCUCUAUUUCCCUGCCCCCGAUCCUCAUCAUUGGGCCCUACGGCACCGGCAAGACCUUCACCCUGGCACAGGCUGUCAAGCACAUCCUUCGCCAGGACCACAGCAGGGUCCUGAUCUGCACCCACUCGAACAGUGCGGCUGACCUUUACAUUAAGGACUACCUUCAUCCAUAUGUUGAAGCAGGCAAUCCACAUGCCAGACCUCUCAGGGUAUACUUCAGGAACCGCUGGGUGAAGACGGUUCAUCCAGUGGUCCAGCAGUACUGUCUCAUCUCCAGCACACAUGUCACUUUCCAGAUGCCCACAAGGGAGGACAUCCUCAGGCACCGCGUGGUGGUGGUCACCCUCAGCACCUCCCAAUACCUCUGCCAGCUUGACUUGGAGCCCGGGUUGUUCUCUCAUAUCCUAUUGGAUGAAGCGGCCCAGGCUAUGGAGUGUGAAACCAUCAUGCCUUUUGCUCUAGCUAGCAAGACCACCCGCAUCGUGCUGGCUGGAGACCAUAUGCAGCUCAGUCCAUUUGUGUACAGCGAGUUUGCGCGGGAGCGUAACCUUCAUGUGUCACUGCUGGACCGGCUGUAUGAGCACUACCCUCCUGAAUACCCCUGUCGCAUCCUCCUGUGCGAGAACUACCGCUCCCAUGAAGCUAUCAUCAACUACACUUCAGAAUUAUUUUAUGAUGGGAAGUUAAUGGCAAGUGGGAAGCAGCCCUCCCACAAGGACUUCUACCCUCUGACCUUCUUUACAGCCAGGGGAGAAGAUGUCCAGGAGAAGAACAGCACUGCCUACUACAACAACGCUGAGGUAUUUGAGAUCGUAGAGCGAGUGGAGGAGUUGCGCAAGAAGUGGCCAGUGGCCUGGGGCAAGCUGGACGACGGCAGCAUUGGAGUAGUGUCACCAUACGCUGACCAAGUAUUCCGCAUUCGCGCUGAGCUCCGAAAGAAGAGAAUGCAUGAGGUCAGCGUGGAGAGAGUGCUCAAUGUCCAAGGUAAACAGUUCCGGGUGCUGUUCCUCAGCACCGUUCGGACGCGGCAUACCUGCAAGCACAAGCAGACGGCCAUCAAACGUAAAGAGCAGCUAGUUGAGGACUCAACAGAGGACCUUGACUAUGGAUUCCUCUCCAACUACAAGCUACUCAAUACGGCCAUCACCAGAGCCCAGUCCCUGGUUGCAGUUGUGGGAGACCCCAUAGCACUGUGCUCUGUCGGGCGCUGCAGAAAAUUCUGGGAGCACUUUGUCUCCAUCUGCCACGAGAACUCGAGCCUACAUGGCAUCACCUUUGAGCAGAUCAAGGCUCAGCUGGAGGCCCUAGAGCUGAAGAAGACCUACGUCCUGAACCCAUUGGCCCCAGAGUUCAUCCCUCGUGCUCUCAGACCCAUGCAAGGGCACCACUCUUCUUCACAGGCCCUCCAUCCCCACCAUCAUCCACAUCCCCAACACGCACAGCCCGCCUCCAACAAGCAGGGUCCGCAGCAGCAACAGCAACAGCAGCUGUCACCCCCUAAAGGGAAACAUGCAAACCACACAGAGCACCUUCCACCUGACGGAUAUGUCCAACCCAACCCAGCCGUAUUGAUGGGAAACCCUAUUCGGGCAUUCACGCCACCCUUGGGUGGCACACCAGCUGGGAUGGGCAAGUCACCAAGUCCUGUUCAGAGGAUAGAUCCCCAUACGGGCGCCAGCAUCCUCUACGUUCCAGCCGUGUAUGGUGGAAACAUGGUCAUGUCCAUGCCCCUGCCAUUGCCUUGGACAAGUUACCAGAAUCGCUUUGCUGUUGACCCUCGCAUCAUGAGCCACCCGGCAGCCAUGGCCUACAACUUCAAUCUGUUGCAGGCCCAGAAUCGAGGCUCCCCCAUCCCUUACAGUGGGGUGACCCACCCAUCUCCUCUAGGAAUGGGCCAGCCCAGCCCUGACAAGGAGCUACAGGCUGACCCCAUCAGAAAUGGUAAAUUAGAGGGAUGUCCAAAGUCCGAACAGAGCCGUCUUCAGACACCAGAAAGGAAAACUGCAGACAUGAAGGAAAAACAGGGAGAGUUGGACACAGGCCAAAGUCGAAGUCUAGACUCACAGUCAGACGGGCUAGUUGGAUUUCCCAAUGCGCUGCUCCAUCGAAAAGAUCCCUCAGCUGCUCAAAGAUCCCUCAACUACCACCUGGCACCACCCAACCCAGCUUUUCCUCCACAUCCGGCCAGUGGUAGAGCCUUCCCCCCACAGUACCCGGUCUCGAGGCUUCCUUAUCGGGUCAGCCAGCCUCAACACCCUGGGAUGGCCCAACAGAGUCAGCAGCAGCAGCCACAGCUCAGCCCUGCCUACGCUGGUGGUAGCCACAACGCCUCCUUCUUCAGUGGCCCCAUACCCCCUCACAGGGCUGUCCAGUCUCCCACUUUGGAUGGGCCAGAGUCUGGAGGGGUGGAGGAGAUGAGUAGUUCCAUUAGGACUCCAAUGGGCCACCCAGGGGGCCACCACCCAGGCCUGUCGCAGCAUAACAGGGUCAACAGCUUUGGGGAAGAUGGACAAGAUGGAAGCCUGGGAGAUGGUCUGGAUAUCCAGGGUCCCUUGGCUCUAGAGGCCCUGAGCCAGCAGCAGCAGCAGGCAGCCAGGCUGGGCCAGUGGGGGGAGGCAGCAGGCCCUUUUCUCCAGGGAAGCGUUGCUUUCCCUCUGCCCCAACAGCUCGCCCACCUUGCUCAGCCCGGCAUGGCUCGCUUCCCCCAUCAGCUGCUCCGGGCAACUAGUUGGGGCCUUAGUGCCAAUAUGGAGGAUGAAGCUGUUACUUCUGCUCCCCCUGGGCCAACUUUCACCAGGUACCCGGGCCUCUUGAGAGAGAUGCCCCCACAGGAACAGCCUGAACCCAGGGAAGCAGCUGAGAUGCAACCCCCUCCUCAAUCUCGUCUCCUCCAGUACCGCCAGUCCCAGUCCCGUGCCUCUGGUGACCCUUCAUCCUCUUUAGCUCUCCCCAAUCACGCUGGCCCAUUCCCAUCAGGACCCUACUCCCAUGACACCGGCCGCGAUCUCCUUAAUGACAACCUUCUCAACAACCCAGCUCUACAGCAGCAGCAGCACCCAGGAAACCCACUGUAUAAUACUGGUGGCUACCCACAUCAGCCACAAUCCCAUUCUGCCAGCCCCCCUCCCUCCCAGGUGAAAUACCUUCUGCAAGAGGCCCAGUGGUCUCAUGCUGGAGCUGCAUCGGUGAGCCCACCACAGCAGAACCACCUGCUAGGCAACCAGGGCCACGGCCUUCCUUAUGGACUGCCAAUCAUGGCUCACCCCAGCAGGCAAGAGCAAGUCCACCUGAUGCAACUUCACCAUCAGCACCAGCAGCAGCAGCAGCAGCAACAGCAGCAGCAGCAGCAGCAACAACAACAGCAGCAGCAACACCACCAACAAAGUCAAGGUCCAGACCAGGAGUCCUACCACCCUCUGUCGCCCAGAACAUCAGCAGCCACAGCCCUUCACAAUGUAGAUGAGUAUGAACCCAGAGGUCCAGGCCGGCCCCUCUAUCAGCGGCGCAUUUCCUCCAGCUACCCAGAUGAAUCGUCUACAGCCAACACCCACAAUGCCCUGUCCCAGCAGUCCCAGCCCUGUCCGUCAGACCCCCAGGACCACCCUCAUCCGCACAUACAGCAUCAUCAGCACCCACACGCCCCCUACGGUUACCCCUCUGGCCAUGACCUCUGGCCCAGUAAUGGCGGGGGACCCGGUCCGUUCCAGAACAUUCCAUGUAACGGAGCCGGCACACUCGCACAGCACCGGGACCUUCUGGCUUCCAAGGCCCUUCGUCAGACAGAGGAGCAGGGGAAGGCAGAGGCACCAGCAGCGCAGCAGACACACCCACACUCACUCAACUCCCUUCAGCACCUUGGACAGUUUCCUCCGCUCAUGCCCAAUAACAAGCAGCAGCAGCAGCAGCAGCAGCAACAGCAGCAGCAGCAGCAGCAGCAGCAACAGCAGCAGCAGCAGCAGCAGCCGCCGCCGCCGCCACCACCACAGGCACCCACAGAGGCCAGCCAGGGCGCUCCAAAUUUAAGCAAACCACCCACCAUGUCCUAUGCCAGUGCCCUCCGCGCUCCACCCAAACCCCGAGCUGUUCGCCCUGAACAAGUCAAAAAGAACAGCGACCCUCUCUCCCUCCUACAAGAGCUGAGUAUAGGAAGUUCAAAUGGUAGCAAUGGGUACUAUUCCUACUUUAAAUGAGUCCCCUGUCCCACAUAAAAAAUAAGUGAUAAAAAAAAAAAUAAAAUAAAAAAAAGUGCAAAACUGUUUCUAAAAACACACAAAAAAUAGUGCAAAGUGCAUUUACAAUAGUUCUAUCAGUAGGUUUGUUUUCUGCAUUUUGUUUCAUUUUAACUUUUUAUUUGUAACAGUCAUCUUUUCUCCUGUUUCACAUAUCUGUGAAGAAAAUAAGUAUAUAUAAUGAAUGCAUUACUGGUAUAUAUACAUAAUCAUUAUGUAUAUAUGAAUAUAUACUUAUAUUAUCUACACUUGUAUAUGUACGUAAUGCUAAAAAAGUUUAAAAAAAAUAAUAAAAAAGGUGAAAUUCGGUUGACCACUUAGCUACCUGCAUAUUUUCCUUAUUGAAGUUAGUUUUGUUGGUUACGAAGUAUGUUGAAGUUUUUAUCAUUUUGUAUUCCUCAGUUUUGAGUGGACGUUAUGUCUUGAUUUUCAUACUACUGUAGUUGUGGUAACAGACAAAAAGCUAAGUGGUCAACUGACUCAGAAACUACAUGGAACAGUGUAUAGAAGUAGAUAAAUUUUCCUCUAAUCUGUACAUAUAAAGAAAAUAAAAGACUGAAUUGUAUGCCACAGAUAUGUCCUUAAAUUCCUGUAUCAUGCUAGCAUUUGCAUUAUGAAUUAUUUUCUGUUUGUUGGCUUCUGAUCCUUAAUUCUUAGACAUCCUUACCUGGGAGUCAUCUUCAGUGUUUUAGUAGUAAAUGUGAUUAUUUACUGAAAAAUAACAAUACAAAUAGUAAUUGUGCAUCUUACUUUUCAAUAAUGUCUCAUCAGCAACAAUAGACCGUGUGAACAUUUCAAAGUAUCAAUAACCAUGUCAUUCCUCCUUUGUUUGUUUUAAGGAUCAGAGAACACCAGACAUAGCUUUCUGUGAUUAUAAGAUUAUCCCAAACACUGCUUGGCUUGUGGCCGAUGCUCAGUAUUUAAUUUUAUUUAGAUUUCUUUCCUUUGUGUCAAGGAAAUCUUCACCGGGGAAAUUGUUUCAGUAACUACUGGGGAUAUGAAAUGUGUUUAUUUCUGGUUGUUUUCUAUCACUAAUGGACAUUGAGCCUCUUAUUUUUAUUUUUUUAAAAGGUUGCAGUACUCUGAAGGUUUGUGAAAGUGAAGAUAGAGUGGUGAGGUCAGAGUGGUGUGUCAUGAUAGGUAAGUUGAAACUGAGGGUGUGAUCAACACUGCCGGUCAGACGUUUUUGAACAUUCUAAGUGUCAGCAUUUUUGGUUAAAUCUGAAGAAUGUUGAAACUAGAUUUAUAGUUAAUAUGCUGAAUGCACAUUGUGUCUUCUUGUUUUAUUGGAAAUAAUCUUAUUGGAUCUUGGCAAACAGCAUACUGUGUAUUAUUCGGAUCAUUCAUGGCGUAUAUGUCUUCAACACACUGUUGCUCUCGCGGAUGUUUUGUAGUCACAGAGUUUCUAGAUUCCUUUUCAUAGUGUAAACCAGACUGCCAAAAGAUCCUUUUCCAUUUUCUCUGUAAAACAAUCUUUUAAUCUCCAAGUCAUAUGAACCCUAUAAUAAACAGUAAUUGCUUAACUCUCUUGUAAGCUAUUUGCUCCCAGUUCCACCUAAACAAAAACGUAUUUCCCUAUCCCUAAUAAUAAUUUAUAAUAGGCAUGUAAGGUAACAGGCCCCCCAACCCCUUUUAACACUCUGCUUAAGAUUUAACCAAAAAACGAACGUAGUAAAAGUAACUAUAUGAUAAGAUGUUCAAAGACGUAUGACUGUUAAUGUGUCUCUUUUUAGACUGUGCAUAAUAAGAAUGAAUUGGUAAUGUCAUGGAAGUUGUUCCUGGUUCCUUUUUUAGUCCCCCUAAUUCCCUUUUAAUUAAAUUUUUUUUCUUAAAACACAUGAUGAACAUAAGACAGGAGCGCUCAUGUUUGAAUUCCAGUGAGCUAGUUGCUUGUUAAUGGUUGACACACAAGGAGGCCACACAGCCACAUGAAUUUCACUGCUAAUUUACUGAUGCCCUGAUGAUUUAAGUCCCUUGCAGGCAAAAUAUAAAAAGAUGCUGAGACACUAUAUCUGCCAAGGUUUUUCUUUUUAUGAUAAAAGAAAUACUGGAAACAGUCAUCCAGUGCUCUGUCCAGUGAUAUGUAAUCCCUUAAUUGUUUAAAUACCACUGCCCCAUCUGAAAAACAGUGAAAUUGUAAUAAAAUCACCCCACUCUUUCAUGGCUUUCAUACAGCAGUUAGUCACUGUUAAAUCUCUUAAAAUGUCACUUCCUCAGAAAGCUAAUACCCCACGGCUAAUAACUUAGAUGUGUUUUGAACAGUCAGCAGAGAGCUUCAUAAAGCCAUGUUAAAUUUUUGUUCCGUUUUUCAGUUUAAAUCAAAGGUCCAGAUUUUUUGACUUGGCAGAGAACAACACAUACUUGUAAAUAUGCAUUUUCUAGGUAUUUACAAACACGAACUUUGGGAGCACCUCAAUUUUGUAGAAGCUGUUCAAAGAAGAGGUAUGCCCUUUUUAAUUAUGCAAAUUCAAACAAAAAAAGGAUGGUAAUUCUAGAAAUGGACAACAACAGACCAGUUGGCAGUUGCAACAUCUUGUUGUAACUUUUUAGAUUUUUUUUUUAAAGAUGGUGUCUGGCUGAUUUGACAAAGAGGAGAAUUUAUGUUGCAGCUGUUUCAAGACAACUUAUUUCACUGUAAAAUACAUCAUUUAAAUAUAUGUUCCUGUUCGGUUUUCUCACCACUUCACAGCUGUACAACAAUCAACAUGAAUUAUUUUUAUUUUAUAAUUUUUUUUAAUGUGAAGACUUUUCUUUUCAUGCAUGUUGAGAUGACCUGGCUGAUUUUUAAUCCCUGUUUUUAUCAGUUUGUGUUGAUUUGUGGAUUUAAAAAAAAGAGGAAAAAAGCUUUUGUUUAACCUACAAAGUCAAAUUUUGGUAUAUUAUUUGAUGUGUACAAUAACUUGUGACAUUAUCAACAAAAAUAUUAUAAUAUUUUACUAACGUCAAUCAAAUAUGUAAUGGUCAUGUAAGUUCUUUUUUUGCAGUUACUUAGCAAGGCUAAAGCUGAGGUUGCUCCCUUCUGUGUGUCAUAUAUACGAACCUUCAGUUUGUUUGGGGAAUCAUUUUUCCAUAAAGCGGUCGUUGGCUAAUCUCUGAAGUUGUGCAAUACUAAUAUUUCACCGCUUCUUAAACUACACUUUUAUUUAUUUUUGAGGCAGAAGAGAUUGAGCCAAAGACAUCUUAAAGGGAAUUUAUUUACAAAUCUUCAUCAUUGCUUUUUAUUAUUUUAUUUUUUAGGCUUAAAUUUCUGUCUUGUUGAAUCUUUGUUUCCAAAAUCAGUUUCUCUAUAUCUUUGCUAUGAAACUAAACUCUUAUAAUGAAGUUGGAUUUGAAAUAUUUUCACCACCAAAUAUUGCACCUGUGUGUGUGUGUGUGUGUGUGUGUGUGUGUGUGUGUGUGUGUACACGGAAAGGGAGCAACCUCUUGCCCAGCCUGUAGAGAGCACUGUGUUCAGCCUUCUAUAAAACGCCACAUCUCUUCCUGUUGUUUGUUUGCUCUCCUCUGUUCUUCCCUCGCUGCAGUGAAUCAAUGGCACACCUGUUCUCCCAGCUCCCCAGUCCCAUUGGUUCCUCCCUCGUGGGUACAAAAUAAUGAAUAGAUCUGUUUUACUCUUCUUCAUUUCAAUUGGUGGUGGUUAUAAUAAAGGAUUUAGACUGUG